GGGGGGGCUCUGUGGCUGCUGCUGCCGUCUUCGUGGGACAGAUCCACUUGUCUUUCCUGCCUCCACCUUCGUUCCUUGACUGUUCUUACUGAAGCUCCUUCCUUCCACCCCUUCUGCCCUACUACCUACCCAGGUAGUUUAACGCUGACCCCAUGAUGAAGGAGGAGGGCCUGCGGGGGUGUCGACGCUUCUCCACGUGCGGUGGAACGGCAUCGAUUCGACCUCCGCAUCCCGACGGACGCAAACUCAUCCGCAAUGCUUCCUUUGGGGGCUAUAACGAGCUGUCGCCCAUCUCACUGCCAGGUUUUGAGAGGGGGAAGGAGGACCUCCUGCCUCUGCCACUGAAGGAGGACUCACACUCCAUCUCCAAGAGCAAGUCUGAGACCAAGCUGUACAAUGGAUCAGACAAAGACGUGUCGGUGUCUGGAGGGAAACUCACCAAGAAGGAGUCUCUCAAGGUGCAGAAGAAGAACUACAGGGAGGAGAAGAAGAGGGCGACGAAGGAGCUGCUCAGCACCAUCACUGACCCCUCGGUCAUCGUUAUGGCCGACUGGCUGAAGAUCCGUGGAACCCUGAAGAGCUGGACCAAACUGUGGUGUGUACUGAAGCCCGGCGUGCUGCUCAUUUAUAAAACCCACAAGAACGGGCAGUGGGUCGGGACGGUGCUGCUGAACGCCUGUGAGCUGAUCGAGAGGCCGUCCAAGAAAGACGGCUUCUGCUUCAAACUCUUUCACCCGCUGGAACAGUCCAUCUGGGCCGUCAAGGGUCCUAAAGGAGAGGCGGUGGGCUCCAUCACCCAGCCGUUACCCAGCAGCCACCUCAUCUUCCGCGCUGCGUCAGAGUCUGAUGGCCGGUGCUGGAUGGACGCCCUGGAGCUGGCCCUGAAGUGCUCCAGCCUGUUGAAGAGGACCAUGAUCCGUGAGGGGAAGGAGGACGUGAGCUCCGUAGCUGCAGGAGGAGAACACAUCAACUUCUACAGCCUUCUCCGCGCCCACAACAUCCACGGGUUCCAGUUCAACGACAGCGACCAUCUGAAGGACCCGGACCUGUACUCGGACAAGUCGGACCGAGAAGGAGAGCCGGACCACGAGGAGUCUGACCCAGAAGGUCUGGAGAAGAGUGAGGAGAGCGACAGUGACACCUCGGAGCGUCAGGAAGACUCCUACAUCGACCUGGACUCUAACGACCAACUGUGGGAGACACCGUACCUGGAACAGUCCCACGAGGAGCUGGGGGAGGCUGGCGAGGAGGCCCAGACAGAGACGGUGUCGGAGGAGAACAAAUCUCUGAUCUGGACUUUGCUGAAGCAGGUCCGGCCGGGGAUGGACCUGUCCAAGGUGGUGCUGCCCACCUUCAUCCUGGAGCCCAGGUCCUUCCUGGACAAACUGUCAGAUUACUACUUCCACGCGGACUUCCUGUCAGAUGCUGCCGUCGAAGAAAACGCCUACAACCGCAUGAAGAAGGUGGUGAAGUGGUACAUUUCAGGGUUUUACAAAAAGCCAAAGGGGUUGAAGAAACCCUACAACCCCAUCAUCGGAGAGACGUUCCGCUGCCUGUGGCUCCACCAGAGGACCAACAGUAAGACCUUCUACAUCGCCGAGCAGGUUUCCCAUCAUCCUCCUGUCUCAGCCUUCUACGUCAGCAACAGGAAGGACGGGUUCUGCCUCAGUGGCAGCAUCCUGGCCAAGUCCAAGUUCUACGGAAACUCCCUGUCGGCCAUUUUGGACGGGGAGGCUCGGCUCACCUUCCUCAACCGAGGGGAGGACUACGUCAUGAACAUGCCCUACGCCCACUGUAAAGGUAUCCUCUACGGCACCAUGACUCUGGAGCUGGGGGGGCAGAUCACCAUCACCUGUGAGAAGACGGGCUACAGCGCUCAGCUGGAGUUCAAACUGAAGCCGUUCCUGGGCAGCAGUGACAACUUGAAUCAGAUCUCUGGGAAGAUAAAGCUGGGGAAGGAGGUGUUGGCCACACUGGAAGGACACUGGGACAGUGAGAUCUUCAUCAAUGACAAGAAGACCGGGACCAUGGACACGUUCUGGAACCCAACGCCAGAACUGAGACAGAGUCGACUGACGCGCUGCACCGUUCCUCCGGAGGAGCAGGGAGAGUUUGAGUCCGAGAGACUGUGGCAGCACGUGACCCGGGCCAUCAACAACAAGGACCAAACGGACGCCACCAACGAGAAGUUCAUCCUGGAGGAGGCCCAGAGGAAGUCGGCCCGGGAGAGGAAGGCCAAGUGCGAGGACUGGAUCCCGGCCCUGUUUGAACAGGACCCUGUCACUGGGGAGUGGCACUACAGAUACGCUGACACCAGGCCGUGGGAUCCUCUCAACGACCUGAUCCAGUUUGAGAAAGACGGCUGCAUCCAGACCAAGGUCCGACACCGCACCCCCAUGGUAACGGUGCCAAAGAGGAAACAUAAAAGUGACGCUGCCAAAAGCCCAGAGAGCGGCUGCUCGUCACCUGAACCCGACCGUCACGACUCGUCUGGAAGUGAACGACACAAAAGUAAACUCAGCAGUCGGCUGAGGAAGAAGGGCGCCGACCUCAGUGAACUUCAAAGUGCCAUCGACUCCAUCAAGAAGACAGAGAGAGAAUUAAACAGGAGCGUCAGUUUUCUACGGAGCCGCACAGCAGGCCGGGCGGAGAGCGCCACCUUCCUCCAUCAGCGGGACUACGUGGUCAUCUUUCUCCUCAUUCUCCUUCAGGUCGUGAUUAACUACGUUUUUCAGUAGCAGCCAUAUUGAGCCCACGGACAGAGUGAUGUCCAAACUGAGGCUCCCUCAGCCUGGGGGGCGGGGCCACACAGAGGUACAGAGACAUAUGAACACACAGUACACACUCCACCUGUCUCCUCCACCUGUCUCCUCCUCUGUCUCCUCCUCUGUCUCCUCCUCUGUCUCCUCACUCGCUGACUUCAAGAGACCUUUAAAAAAAAAAUUAUUUAUUUUUAAGCUGAACAUUCCAAACCUGUUCUGUGGAUUUCAAAGUGGAGUCAGUGGGCGUUUUUAAAAAAAAAACAACCUUUUUUUUGGUGUUUUAAUUAUUUUUUCACAAUGAAGUAAAAUCACAUUUCACUUCUUGAAGACGGGCCCAGUUCCCUGACAUGGAACCAUUUCACAGACAUGAAACUGAUGUUGACGUCCGUACGGAGGAAAACAGGUUUUAAAAAAUAUAUUUUUUAAUGUUGUUGUUGUUGUUGUUGUUGUUUUUGGGUUUAUUUUCCUUUGUUUUUAUUUUUGUACAGUUGGAAACGAUGGAUGGUCCAAAAUCAUCCGUCUUUUAUUUUUUACUCUCACAGAAAUGAAGAGGAAGAUGAAAAAAAACCAUCUGUUCCUCGUGUGAAAUAAACCACUGUUGAUGGAGAUGUUUGACACAUCUCUGACCCCUGUAGGCAGGAUGUAGAAACAACAGUGUGCUUUAGCCGUUAGACUUUUAUGUACAGUCGUUUAUGUUGACGCACAGUGACACUGAAAUGAUUGUACUGUUAACUCACUGUCCUUCAUCCCUUCGCUGAAAUACUUCCUAGUUCCAGAGGAGGGCAGUAUAACGUUAUAGGUAUUUGUGCUACGUAGAAAAGUGGAGCAGUCAGCUAACAAACAAACAAAC